AAGGGGUGAACAUCACCCUGAGCUACCGGAACCUAUCCGUCGAGCGUGCCCGAGACUCGUCCUCCAAACAACGACCGCUAUCAGCGAUUUUCGCCUCCUAAACCGAUGCACGAUCGAGCUGUUAAAGUCUUGUUAAAAACCGUACAACCGUCCGUGUACGAACACUCGAACUCGUGGUUCCUCGUACGAGAAGACGAAGGAAUUUUCGUCGUCGACGUAAACAGUGACAAGGAAGGAAGAACAACAAAAAUCGUGCGUUGCCAAUGAGACACUUGUUCGGACAAAGUGACAGUUUUUUAAAUGACAGAGUGUUUUUCGGACAAAAAGAGAGACACGUCAGUGCGGUGUUCGAAGCCGAAAGUGUUUCUUUGUGGAUUAUGAGAACAGAAAUCGAGUUGGAGCGACAAGGUCGCAGUUGAGUCUGGAAGAUUGAAGGCUCAAGGUCGACACGAUUGAUCCUCGCGAAAGGAUUGCGAGCCAAGGAACAUUUAUCGUCACGACGACGACCGCGAAGACAAGCGAGAACACCACGAGGCUGCUAACAUCACGGCCUUGUCGCAAACGUACACCGAGAGGUGUACGGGUGAUACCCGAACGGAAACACCGUGAUGGAGGUGCGAGCGAUGGAGUAUCGCCCCGUGGUACCCACAGGGAUGAUACCAACCGGGUUGCAGGAUUAUCACGCGGCCAUUCCCGAUCUAAGCCCGCCGAGAAGCCAAGGUUCCUCCACCGGUGGCGCUUCCUCGAUCGGAGACUACGCGCCCCGCAUGUACACACCACCCACACCGCCCACCCCGCACGAAGACGAGAAGAUCUUCGGUAGCAAGGCGGACCUGCAGCUCCACACGCAGAUCCAUAUGCGCGAGGCGAAGCCGUACAAGUGCACCCAGUGCUCGAAGGCGUUCGCGAACUCCUCGUACCUGUCGCAGCACACCAGGAUCCACCUGGGCAUCAAGCCGUACCGCUGCGAGAUUUGCCAACGGAAGUUCACCCAACUGAGCCACCUACAGCAGCACAUCCGCACGCACACCGGCGACAAACCGUACAAGUGCCGGCAUCCAGGUUGCACGAAGGCGUUCAGCCAGCUGAGCAACCUACAGAGCCACUCCCGGUGCCACCAGACCGACAAGCCGUACAAGUGUAACUCCUGCUACAAGUGCUUCUCCGACGAGCCCAGCCUGCUCGAGCACAUACCGAAGCACAAGGAGUCGAAGCACCUUAAGACGCACAUCUGCCAGUACUGCGGCAAGAGUUACACCCAGGAAACCUACCUGGCCAAGCACAUGCAGAAACACGCGGAGAGAACGGACAAGAGACCACCUAUCAUCGGUACCGGACUCAGGCCGUCGAUACACGCGAUGACCGCCCAUCAUCAGGAUCACUAUUGGCCGAAAGUCAGUCCGGACUCGGUGAUCAGCGACCUGCACGAGCGAUUGCCGCAUCAUCACACCGACUACCAUCAGAACCAGAACCCGGAGAUGCUGUUACCCGGUCACGGGCAUCGCGGCGAGUCCAUAGAGAACGACUCGAGGCAACAAACGCCUCAACCGGGCGCGCCGAAUCAUCAUCCGAACAGCAGCUCGGCGUUCACGCCGAUCUCCUCGAUCUCGAUAAACUCGAUCUCCUCCAUGCAGCAUCCGCUCAACCCGUUGAACCACCUGCAUUAUCCGACCAGCCAUCAUCCAGCCUCCAGGCCGUACCUCUACGAAGCCUUCAACUCGACGCAGAAGUCCUCGCCGGCCUCCUCCUCGUCCGGUGUCACGUCCGGCACCACCACCAAUCAGAACGCCACCUCGUUCCCGAACCAGCUGAUCAGUCUGCACCAGAUCAGGAACUACGCGCACCAACCGAAUCUGGGCAACCUGGGAAAUCUGGGCAACCUGGGCAAUCUCAGCAAUCUGAGCAAUCUCAGCGCGACGAUGGAGAGCCACGCUCUUCUCGGCGGACUCAAGGAGAAACAGUAACUCCGGCUGGUCUCGAAGAUUAGGAACAAACCGCUAUUUCUCCUCGGUUUCUUCUUCUACUUCUUCUUCUUCUUCUUCUUCUUCUUCGUUUUUGUUUCUUGCGAUAGUGUCCCUUCCCUUUCGAUCGUCCCGUUCGACGACUCGAUCCUCUCCGUCGAUUUUCUCCCUUCGACUCGAAGGGUAGCGCGUCGAUCGAUCUUACCGAUCCGAGCUACCCUUCGACCUUCCUUUCGACUAUCGUGUAGAUCUUGCACGACCAUUUAGAACCUAUUUUACGGUGUGUGCACGCAUCCGAUCACGAGUGAUUCUAAAUCGUUCCUGUUCGAUUAGCCGCGGUGCUAGGUGCUGAUUAAUUGCCUCCUGCUGUUCCGGAAUACCCUUUCUUUUGCUUCGACGCCGUUUCGAUCAUUUUCUAGCCGGUGUACCGUUAAACGUGAAAGUUACAUCGCGGAGUCGUUAACGCUUUUAUUAGGGAUAUACGAUCGUUUGCUUUUUAAAUUUCUCUUUUUCGUUAUUAACCCUCGAAUGCUGGGCAAGCGGAUCGUUUCGGACCUUCGAGACGGAGCUAACGUUCGGAAAAAGAAAGAUUUUGCUACAUUGACAAGUUGUUCGUAAUGUAGGAAAAAAACGGUCACCGUCUCGACGAUCCAUCGACCGCGAGUCGAACACGACGAAUACGCUCGUUUCCCGAUGAUCGAUCUCAAGAACGAUCGAGGCGCCUGCAGAUCCCCGUUUGCUGGUCAAAUGCAAAUCAGGCCGGGCUUUUAAAUCGUUUUAAUGCUACCGGGCAUCCAUGCAUGAAGAGCGAAAUAUUAGAAAGUCCGUUCGAUACGGUAUCCGUAUCGAUCGGGACUUCCCCUUAUAUCGGUUCGCCGUGAAUCGGCAGGAUCGAUCCCGAUCACCGGUCAACCUCGAUGUAACCAAUCGUUUUACUUCUUAGCUGAUUAACUUUCACGUUUCGAAGUUGCUUAGAAAGUAACCUGCUAGAACGAUUAUCGAAUAAAACUGUGUUUCUCGGACGACUUGUUCGACUUGCCAAAGCAAAUAGUCACCGACAAAAGAAGAGGAGAACCCUGGCACCGCGUUAUCGAUUGUUAGCUAAACGUUCCCUAAACUACUUUCGAAGGUUCCAUAAAGUUCCAAGCUUUCUUCGUCCUUUCGCGCUUCUCCCGGUCUCGGAUCUCUUUAGGUUUAUUAAUAGUAUCGAUUGCCUUUUUUUCCACGACUCUGAUCUACCUUCUCUGUUUGCCUUUUGGGUUCUUGAUCCACGCUGGUCCCAUCGGUAUCGCUGAUCCUUCGAUCCGUGUGUACCGCUUCGUUGUUUGUUUGUAAUUUUUUCUAGAUGACAUUUAUAUUUUUAACACGUUGACUACCAUUUAUCUGAUUACAAAUAUAGUGCUUGAAAUUUCUUUAUACGAUAAAUCACAUUCUUUUUAUCGAUCAAAAGUUAGUAGUCAAAGUGUUAA